AUGGACCACAUGUCUCCCAGGCUGAGAGCCUUCCUCUCUGAACCCAUUGGAGAAAAGGAUGUUGCCUGGGUAGACGGGGUCAGCCGUGAGCUUGCAAUCAAUCUGUGCACCAAAGGUUUCAACAAGGCCUACACCCUGUUGGGACAGUUCCUUCUGAUGCACAAGAACGAAGCCGAGUUUCAGAAGUGGCUCAUUUGCUGCUGCGGUGCCACUGAGUGUGAGGCCUGGGAGAGCUCGAACUGCCUGAAGGAGUGGUGCUCCUGCUUCCUGUAG